AUGAAAAAAGGAUCAGAAAGUGUAGCUUGUCCCCUUGCCGCUCCAGGCGACGCAGUGGAGUCAAAUACAGACAAUAGCAGCAGCAGUGGAGCCUCAGCGAAAGAGAAAGACAUGCUUUCCUAUUCUGGAGAACUGGAAAAUGUACAGCUGAAACCCAGCAGAGAGAUAUCCAGAAAAAAACUCUGUGGCUAUUUAAAUAAGCUGGGCAUCAAGGGGCCAAUCAAGACCUGGAAGUCUCGCUGGUUCUUUUAUGAUGAAAACAAAUGUCAUUUGCUAUACUACAGAACUGCACAGGACAUUAACCCUUUGGGGUCUAUCGAUCUCUCCAGCGCCAGCUUUGACUGCAAGGUGGAAAAUGGGGAAGGGGUUUUUGAGAUCAGAACACCAACCAGAGUUUUUACUUUGAAGGCAAUCAGCAAACAGGCAAUGAUGUAUUGGCUGCAGCAGCUACAAAUGAGACGUUGGGAAUUUUACAACGCUCAGAGCAGAUUUCCUGUGGGCAGCUCCCAGCUUGUGAAUGAACCUCUGGCUUGCAGAACAAAUAUCGUUGACAAUGAAGACUUUCUGCCUCCGGUGAAAACACCAACAGAAGCAGUGGGUUUAAAGGCAGCAUCUUUGCCUGCACCCCAAACAUCUACUGCGUUGCAGAACAUCUCCCUUAAGCACCCUUGGACAGAGAUACAAAACACUGUCUACAAUAUCUGUGGCUCCAAGCAGCUCUGGGGGAACAAUGGGAAUGUCUUUAGCUUCAGUGAAUUCCAGGAGCAUCCUGAGAACCCAGAUGAGGAGCAAGAGGCGAAAGUGGAGGCAGGGUGUGCAGGGACCACAGAGGAGGAGAGGAUGGAGCCCCGGCUGAACUGGGUUAGGAAAGCAAGGUGGAUGAACAGUACCUUCCCAGGCUUGCCUGAAGAACUGUCCAGGGAGAGGAGCCCAAUGGAUAAAGUGAAUGUCCUACAGCAGCAGAUCCUGACACUCACAGAGGAAGUCAAGUCACAGAAGGAGCUGGUUAAACUUCUCCACAAAGCUCUGGAGGCAGCCCAGCAGGAGAAGCGAGUAUCUAGCAUGUAUCUCACUGCAGCAGAAGAUAAGGACAGGCUGGAGCUGGUGCGCCACAAAGUCAGACAAAUUGCAGAUCUCACCAGUCGACUGGAAGCUCUUGAGCAAGAAAAGAAGGAACUGGAGCAGAUACUCACUCUGAGAGACAGCCACAUCCAGGAACUCAAGGAGCACGUGCAACUUCUGAUGGAGAAAAACCACGCCAAACAGGAAGUCAUCAUGGCCUUGACUGAGCAGAUGGCCCGAGAGCUCUCUGACCCCAUGCAAGAAGCCAACACUAUCACUGCAGAGACACUGUAUAAGCAGCAGGAGGAGAUUGAGCACCUGAAGGAUGAUAUUGAUGCAUACAAAACCCAGAACCAAUUUCUCAACUCUGAGAUCCACCAGGUUACUCGACUCUGGACAAGUGUUACUGAGAAUGAAAAAGCUCUUCUGAUGAAGUGUGCCUGCCUGCAAGCACGAAACUGCCAGAUGGAGAGCAAGUACCUGACAGUCUUGCGGAAGCUGCAGGAGGCUGUGCCUGGCCUGCCCAGCUCCCAUGCUGAGUUGGUGAGGAACCUCAUCCAGGAAGCCCUCCAGUGGGACGUCAAGGAAGAAGCAGAAGAAGGUUUCAACCUGAACCCUGUAAGUGAGUAUGAUGAAUAUGGGUUUAUGACUGUACCUGAAUAUGAAGUUGAGGACUGGAAACUUCUGGCCAAAAUCCAGGCCCUGGAGAUAAAGUCCAACAACCUGCGGAGCCAGGAAGUAGUGGAGAAGCCCCUCCGUGAUAGGUGGAACAGCGUGGGAGAGCUGAGCCCCUCUGCAGAGCUAAAGAGCCUGAUCCGAAGUGGCAUUCCAGUGGAGCAUCGGCAACGAGUCUGGAGGUGGAUUGUCAGCCGGCACUGCAGCCACCUGCCUGACCACUACCAGCGGCUCUUACGGCAGAGCCAGAGCACUGAGCACCCUGCCUGCCGGCAGAUUGAGCUUGACCUGCCCCGCACGCUGACCAACAACAAACAUUUUUCCUCUCCCACCUCCCAGCUCAUCCCCAAGCUCCGAAGGGUGUUGCUGGCAUUCUCCUGGCACAAUCCUGCCAUUGGAUACUGCCAGGGACUGAACAGAUUGGCAGCUGUUGCCCUCCUGGUCCUGGAAGAUGAGGAAAGUGCUUUCUGGUGCCUAGUCCAUAUUGUGGAGAACCUAAUGCCGGCAGACUACUACAGUGACACACUGAUAACAUCACAGGUAGAUCAGAGAGUCUUCAAAGACUUCCUGUCAGAGAAGCUGCCUCGCCUCAUGGCUCAUUUUGAGCAGUAUCGGAUUGAUGUCUCACUCAUCACUUUCAAUUGGUUUCUGGUGGCCUUUGUGGACAGCCUGGUCAGCGACAUCCUCCUGCGAGUGUGGGAUGCCUUCUUGUACGAAGGAACUAAGGUGAUUUUCCGCUAUGCUCUUGCGAUUUUUAAGUACAACGAGGAGGAAAUUCUAAGAAUUCAUGACAGUGUGGAGAUUUACCAGUACCUACGCUUUUUCACGAGAAUGAUCAUGGAUGGCAGGAAGCUGAUGAACAUUGCCUUCAAUGACUUAAACCCCUUCCCCAUGAAACUGCUGAGGAACCGGCGGUCAAUGCACAGGGAAGAGCUGGAGGCAGAGCUGUGCGAGCUGGAACAGAUCAAGGCAGCCUAUGUAAAGGAGAGAGCAGAGCAGGGGUCUCAGGACCUGAAGGAAGUUGCUAGUGAAGAGGAAGAAGAGAUUUAACAAAAACGGUUCCUCAUCACUUCCCUCCCCCCUUGUAGAAGGUCUUCAGUAGCAACUGCCUGUAAGAGAUGGAGCAGAGGGGGAAAGGUGGUUGCAGUAGGAGUUCAUUUGCCCCAGGAAACAAGGCUGUAGGUAUAGGACCAUUUGGGGACCAAGCCAGACUUUGUAAUGUAUUGUAAGGUGUCAAAGGAGUUUUAUCC